CCAUUGACGGUGCCGCUGGCUCAUCGAUAGCGGAACCUUUUUGACACGCGUGCCCGAUAGCUUGUUCUUGGCUCCCACUACCGCAUUCAUUUUGCUUCCUCCUCUCUCGCCUCAAAAUGGCUUCUGACGUACAAUUGCGUUCCCUACGUUGCUGGACCCGACAUUUCUGCAGAAGGGAAACCCAUCCGGCCCGAGGAGCCCGGUCGUCACGGCGACUGUUCACCUUGGCUUCAUUAGCCGCCGGCAUCACCGAGCGACAAGCAUUUCCGACUUUCAUCACUCACUCAAAUUCGUACCCAGGAAUUAGUCACAUCCCUUCCACACUGCUUCUCUAUAGGUUUAAGCACACAAUAGACAAAUCACCCUUUUCAAACAUUCGAUCUGAUGAUGCGAGUGUGUAUGUGCGUGAGCAUGUGUUUGCGCGCGUACGUGUGUGUCUGUGUGUGUGUGUGUGUGUGUGUGUGUGUGUGUUUGUGUUCGAGCUGCUUUAUAAAAGGUCUGGAGGUCGAGAUGUCUGCAUUUUCCAUCAAAGGGGCGGCUGUCACCAUCACAAGAUGCAGAUGUGUCACACCCCCAUGCGGCAGCUGGCGUUCUUUAUGCUCCUGGUGGUCUUCCCCGCCGGACUCUGCGAGCAGAACCAGAGUCGCCGAGCGGUUGCCGAACACCAGCUGAUGCACGACCGUGGCCGCAACAUCCAAAGCCUCAAGCGGCUCAUCUGGCUGUCGGGGGCCAUGGAGGGGCUGCAUACCGCCCAGACUCGCUCGCUGGCGCCAGCCGCGCCGGUACCCCGAAAGGCCUCCGAUGCCGAGGUCAACCCCGAUGUGGCCUCUCUGGUACACAACUUCCUCAGUAAUUUCUUCAACAAUCCUUACGGGACACGCGUGGCCCAGCGAGAGGCCUAAAGCCGUCGGCCCCACCAAGACCGGACUGCAACUUAGUUGAGGGGGGGCAGUGGGUGAAAAAUUCGAAAGGGACUGAAGGCAGUUGCGCCCGUGCGCACAUCUUCUUAAAGUGCAUCAAUGAAGCAUUUCGAGCUAUUUAUGAACUCGCCCUCCAAUUUCUGUGGCCUCUCGCGAAAGCAGACUGAUUAUCUUCGUAUUGAAUUCAAUAAGACAUUUGCUUAUUUUCUGAUGCGUUACCAGUACCCCAAUUCAUAAUCAAUUCACGUUAAAAUAAAAAGAGUCGGUGUAAUCUACUGUAUGGGUGUCACGAUCAAAUAUGUCUUUGAUUACUCUAGUCAGCAGCAAAUGUUGAUCAGAAAUGGCGGCAUGUGUCCCCUAAAUGGAUUUUGGACGCUGAUUAUAUUAUACUCCUAUUUUUAUUAUUAUGGAACCCUGAUGAGUGAGCCAAAAAACAAGAAUAGAUUCAGAAUUCCUGCAAAGAAAAAUCCCCCCCAAAAUAGGUUACCUAUAUGAUUGCCUGAAGACAGUUUUGUAUGAACUACCUGAGAGUGGUAAUUGAGUUAUAGUAUAGUGUAUCUAGUGUAUGAUUUACAUAUGUCAAGUUUUGUCUGCAUGGGAAUGCUGUAAACAAGACCUUUUAUGCAGAAAUAAGCCAUCAUUUGUCAUCUGUUGUCAUGUUCCCGUCACCAACAAACAAAACAAUACAGCAAUUAUAUUCAAGAAUUGUAUUCAAGAUUAUUAUGAACGUCUGUGCGUUAAAAUCAAAACAACAACAAAAAAAUUGCUGUGUGCGCUGUGUCUCAUGACAGAAGCCAGCAGCUGCAAUUUCACGCUUUGGCGACCAUGUCAAAUUGGUUUUAGCACCAGUGGCGGCUCUUUGGUCCAAUUGUCUUAUUCAGGAAAAAGAUCAAGUGACAACGCUGAAGAUUGUUGAUAAUGUGAGAUAAUAAAGGUGCUCAAAGCAACAAAAAAAAAAGAGAGACACCAA